AUGUCAUCCCCAUACGAUCGCAGAGGCGCACAGGCGCGUCGAGGAAAUAUCUCUUACUGGUUACCAUUAGCUUUCACCGUUACUGCAGCCGCAGUAGGUGUAGUAGCAUGGAUAUGGAGCACACGAAGUGAUGAAGACGACGACGACGAUGACGAUGAAAACCGACCUCUUCAACCUCCAAGACCAGAAUAUGGUGAAAGAAAUCCCGAUGGCAGUUUUCGAACAGGUCCUCCUUCGUACGCAGGCGAUAUGCGACCGGGGGAAGCUUCAUUCGGCACAGCGGAUCAACAACCAUCACACCCUUCACGCUCUGAAGAAUCCCAAGGUUACAUAGCUCAGAUGUCAGGCGCAUUGCAAAGAACACCUAGUCCACAGCAAUUUAUCAAUAGUGCAAGUAGAAGUCUUGCGGCAGGGGCUGCUGCUGUAGGUGGUGUUGUGGGAAGUGCUCUCUCCUCAAUCCGGGAGGAAGACAAGCAUGGUUUCGACGAUCAUAGAACAUGGCAAGAGGAAUCAGUUAUACGAAGAAACGCCGCUCCAAGUCCACCCAUCACUACAAAUACAACGCCGACCCCGGCCUCAGGGCCAAUCGAACUACGCUCUGAAAGCACUGCAGGAGUUUCCGCAGCACCUCGAACACCAGUCAGUAACGGGAAAAGGAAGACGGUCGCUAUCGUAGUGUCUGCAGAAUCACACGAUGAUGACGCUGCUUCCGAAGCGGGCUAUCAUCAUGAAUAUGCGUCAAUCCUCUCUCAUCUUCCUCGCAAAACCGACUUCUCUAAGAUACGACUAUUUGUUUUAAUAUAUGCACCAGGAUUAACCGAGCAUCCACUAGACGCUGCUGGUGGAAGACCGGGUGGAUCUCUCAGUUCCUCGUUUUCGAACAUCAGCCCUGGAGAUGUCCAUACACCCGGGGAAGAAAGUGAUAGACAGUUGACUCCGAUGUUUCCCCCAAGGCCUUCGGCUCCACUUGCGUUCGGCCCAAUAUACAAUGAAGCAUUAGGCUUGGUGGAAAAAGAGACUAUGGUCCUACCAUUCACCACUCCAACUGGCCAUGUUCAUAUCCUCCGACAUCUCGCACCUGAAUUUAUAUACCUACAAGAAUCCCUCGGAGGAGAGAACGGAUCGGUUAUCAACCAUCUACAAAGUUGGUUUAGAGAAGAUGUAGUUCUGAUCGUAGGCGCCGAUGGAGGUCAUGGUGGACUCGCAGAUAGCGAAUCCGAAGCGGAGAGUCAAGUUUCAAGAAAAAGAGAACAAUGGUGGGAGAGAGAAGAUAGAGUUGGUCUUGGAAGAGGUGUGGUUGUCAUAGAGGGUAAUCGCAUCGGAGACUUUUGGGCUAGAAAGGUUCUUGGAGUGGAAUAG